AUGUUCUUUAGUCAAGGUUCCUUCGCCGAGACUGGUUGGGAAGGCUGUUUCUCAGGAGGUGGGCGAAUGCAAUAUAUUUAUCCGGGUCCUACCACAUUGUUCACCUUUGCUAACGGAUCAUCGCUAAUCCUGGAAAACACCGCCAGAAUUUUGGCAGACUUUAGUGAUGUGGCCAAUGGGUAA